GCCAGCGCAGUUGAGCGCAGCCUGCUAGCAAACGGAGAGAGAAAGAAAAGUAGACCUUUGGCCUUAGCCUUAGAGGAAUAGUCAACAAAAGCGUGCACGCACGGCGCGAAUCAGUGAGCGUGAGUUACAGUGUCAGAUCUAACAGACCCCGCUAUUUAUAUUCAUUGCGUUGAGUUGGUUUAGACUCUUGUCUUGUGUUACUUUCUUGAAAUUCUUUUUACUCUCAGUAAAAUCACCGAGGACCGGCGAGGACUUCACCCCCGCAGUUGCUUGCUUCUACCGACGGCGCCGUUCUUUUCCAAUUCCUGAGAACAGUAAACUUGCAGACCUGGACUUGGGAAACGGGUUCUUCCUCAGUCUUACCUUUUAUCGCGAUGUCUGAGGUCGAAUCGUGUACGAUGAAGCCAAAUAAACUUGAGGAUACUGAAGACAUGAUGGAUGCAAAUCAGUCUUUACCGGAUGGUGUGUCUGCAGAUAUACUGGAUCAGUCUGAUCUCUCCGACAAAGAGGAUGCUGAACAGUUAGAUCUUACUCCUUUUCAAGUUGACUGGCUUGAUUUACAGGUUGUUGGCUGUGAUCAAAAGCUUGGAAUUUCUCCUCUCCCAGGAUGCCGCUAUCAAGAUACAUGGAGAAGUUUGGUCUUUGAUGUGGAAUGCUUGAAGAAGGAAGGAAUUGAGGAUGUCUUCUGUUUGUGCACCAAGCGGGAGCUGUAUAUGUGCAGGGCAACUAAACUGCUGGACAAGUAUGGUGAAGCUGGCUUUACCGUGCACCACUUCCCUAUUGAGGAUGGAGGAGUUCCUGAGGUAGCGUCCAUGCUCGACAUUACAGAAAAAUUGCGUUUGUGCCUGCUGGGAGGGAAGAAGACUCUACUGCAUUGCUUUGGUGGACUCGGCCGAUCUUGUUCUGUGGCAGCGUGUUUGAUCAUGGUCAUGGAUGACAGUGUGGGCCACGAAGAGGCCAUCAAACGAGUGAAAGAUUUGAGGGGCAAAACGGCCAUUCAGUCUGUUAAACAAUUCAAUUUUGUCAACGAGUUUGAAGAGAAGCUGAAGCUGCACAAGCAAAAUCAGAAAGGAGUGGAUGACAGAUCCGUGUCCCGCUAGACAUGGAGGGCAGAUGUGUACAUUCCUGCUGUUUCCACAAAAACCACACCCUAUUUAUUCUUUCUUGUUCCUCUGCAGCUACGUACAUGUGUUCAUCAACUCUUUCAACUCAGCUGUUAUGUUUCGACAGUGCGGGUCUUACAGUAUAUUCAGGGAAUAUGCUCCUGUUGUUAUAUAUUGUCUGGAUAUACCUUGAUGUGAACAAAUGACUUAAUUUUCUUUGAACAAUAGAAAUAAAUGUCCUGAUUUUUUUA